GCACCAUGUACGGGGGUCAUAAUGUUCUGUAGGACUUCUAGCGCUCGCGUAGUAAAAAGGAAUGAUAUAUAGGUAAGUUCUUGGCUCAAGUAAUGGAUAAUUUAAUUCAUACCAUUUCUUGUGCUUGAGCAAUAGCAGUAGCAGCGACAACAACAGCAACGACAAGUUCGUAGAUCAUCUUGUAAAACUCCAUAUCUCGUUUAUACUCAUUCGCGGGUCCUCACGUGCCCUCACUCCCCCUAAGAUGGCUUUGACUGAACACAACAACAUUUCCAUUGCACAGAUUGUCAUCUAUGUGCCAGCACUAUUCAUCGCCGUAUGGCUCUCUUUCAAGCACGGGUUCGGUCGUAGCGCCGGAUGGCUUUACCUAAUCAUCUUCUCACUCGCCCGCAUUAUCGGAGCAGCUAUGCAAUUAGCUACCAUUUCAGACCCGAAUAACAUCAGUCUCAUAAUCGGAGCGGCAACUCUGCAAAACGUUGGCGUAUCACCCUUGAUCAUGCUCCAGCUUGGCCUCCUCGGACGCGCCCUCGCGAGCAUACGAAAAUCAACGACGUCGUUUGUAACUACCCAACGAUUGCGUCUCGUCCAAGUCCUUGCGCUCGUGGGUUUGAUCCUAGCUAUCGUGGGUGGUAGCCAGAGCUAUACCAGCACGGGAUACAAAGUAUCGAAUCUCUCACAGGCCGGCACGGGCGUCACAAUCGCGGCAUACGUCCUCCUAGUCAUUGCAACAGUCGCAGUCGCAAUGCAACUCUCAUACAUAGAGGAGGGCGAGAAACGACUCGUACUGGCCGUCGGACUCUCUCUUCCCUUCAUCCUCGUCCGAUUAGCUUACUCCGGAGAAUCGGUGUUCGGUAACAACCCAGACUUCAGCCCAUUGACGGCAAAUGUCGACAUAUACCUUGGCAUGGCUGUUGUCAUGGAGAUGGUCGUCAUCGUCAUUGUUGAGGCCAUCGGAAUGACAUUGCACAAAAUCCCGAGCAACACAAGCGCCCCCGUAGCAACUGGUUAUCGUCAGCCAUGGCAGCAGAGGGAGGCGGACCAUGAGAUGAAUGAACGUAGAGGACACUGAUUCUAGGGUUAUUUGGUAUAGCGUUGGUUUAGAAGCAUGCGUUUGAGUUAAAUAUAGGUAUAGAAUAGAUAUCCAUAACUUCAUUAAAUUUUACUUCCACAAUCGAAAUUUUGAAAAGACGUAAAUUAUAUAAUAGACUUAUUACAUAAUUCUAAUUUUCUCCACAGUUAACACGCAUAUGCCUGGUAACUGUAUG